AGAAGAGACGUCAUGUGAUACGCUAGCCAGCUGGUGGAAGCAGAAUGAACUAGCCAGUGUCCCAUCAACUAUACCAUCAGGCUGCGAUUAUUAGCAUUUACAGGAAACAUCUGUAAACCACCGUUUAAAGGAGUAAGACAAGGCGCUGCUGGCCGCUAAUUGCCCACACAAAGAGACAAACAUGACGGCGGCGGUAUUUUUCGGCUGCACCUUCAUCGCCUUCGGCCCAGCCAUCUCCUUGUUCCUGUUUACAAUCGCCCGGGAUCCACUGAGGGUCAUUUUCCUCAUAGCAGGAGCGUUUUUCUGGCUGGUGUCUCUGCUGCUGGCCUCUCUUGUGUGGUUCAUCUCGGUUCAGAUCAGUAAUAAGGACAGCGCGACACAGCAGAAAGGUCUCCUCAUCUUCGGCGUGGUGCUCUCCGUCCUGCUGCAGGAAACCUUCCGCUUCGCCUACUACAAGCUGCUGAAGAAAGCUAAUGAAGGCCUCCUCACUCUCAGUCAGGAGGAAACCAUGCCGAUCUCCAUACGGCAGCUGGCCUACGUGUCCGGACUCGGCUUCGGCUUCAUGAGCGGAGCGUUCUCGGUGGUGAACAUCCUGGCGGACUCUGUGGGACCGGGGACUGUCGGGAUCCACGGGGACUCGCAGCACUACUUCCUGUCCUCAGCCUUCAUGACCCUGGCCAUCAUCCUGCUUCACAUGUUCUGGGGCGUCGUCUUCUUUGACGCCUGCGAGAAGCAGCGCUGGUGGGCGGUGGCUGCUGUCGUCAUCAGCCACCUCACCGUUUCCUGUCUGACCUUCCAGAACCCCGAGUACGUCGGCAGCCUGGUUCCCACCUACGUCAUCUUGUUCCUGAUGGGCGUCUGGGCGUUUUACUCGGCCGGCGGCUCCCUCAGGAACCUCAAACUCUGCAUCACCUGCAAAGACAGGGACUUCCUGCUCGCCAACCACCGGCCCAGAUAACGCAGCACGCCCUGGCAGUGUGCAGGACUCUCUAUCCAAAGAUCACCGAGUUCAGACACACACACACACGCACACACACACACCGAACACCGCAAAGAAGCAGUGUUAAUCUGCUCUUUCAUUUAAGAGGCAUUUCAUCAUCUUAAAUCUAAAAAACAACGUGAAAGUAAAAGCAGUGGAAGUUCCUUGAAGGAAAGGGACAAACAAAAGAUGAUUUAGAUUCCAGCUCAGUGGCUUAGUUUGUUUGUAUGAUGAGGUUCUAUCCCAAAAAUACAGUAUAUCUGAUA